AUGGCAUCUCUCCGCUCUACCAGUAGGCUUUUCGCCUCUGCGCGACCAACUGCUGCGCUCAGGAAGCCAGCGAUGGUUUCUGUUCGCUCAAUGGCCUCGGUCGGCGAGUCUGAGUCCAAGAUGAAGACUUUCCAAAUCUACCGUUGGGACCCCAGCCAGCCGUCCGAGAAGCCACGAAUGCAGACCUACACCCUCGACCUCAACAAGACCGGGCCCAUGGUUCUCGACGCUCUGGUCAGGAUCAAGAACGAGCUGGACCCGACCUUGACUUUCCGCCGAAGCUGCAGAGAGGGUAUCUGUGGAAGCUGCGCCAUGAACAUCAACGGAACCAACACAUUGGCAUGCUUGUGCCGUAUUCCUACCGAGGCUUCUUCCGAAGUCAAGAUCUACCCGCUACCGCACACCUACGUGGUCAAGGACCUGGUUCCUGACCUGACACACUUCUACAAGCAGUACAGGUCGAUCAAGCCUUACCUGCAGAGGGACGAUCCUGCGCCUGACGGAAAGGAGUACCGCCAAUCCAAGGCGGACAGGAGAAAGCUCGACGGCCUCUACGAGUGCAUUCUCUGCGCAUGCUGCUCGACCUCUUGCCCGUCGUACUGGUGGAACUCGGAGGAGUACCUGGGUCCUGCCAUCCUGCUCCAGUCAUACAGGUGGCUGGCUGAUUCUCGUGACCAGCGCAAGGUAGAGCGUCGCCAGGCACUGGACAACUCGAUGAGCCUGUACCGUUGCCACACUAUUCUCAACUGCACAAGGACCUGCCCGAAGGUUAACCGGCCGGAGACGAGGGACAGGCCUCGUGGCAGCCAGGGCAGCAGGCAGGCAGGCAAGCAGGCAGAGAAAGCCAAUAAUGCAUGCGAUGGCAGCGGCAAUGAGGAGUCUCCUGGUACCUUCCUCCCGGCCAUAUUCUCAACACAGGGCAGACAUCUGUCGCUGAACAGCCCAAGACGAUGGGCCUCGUCGGCAGCAUCCCCGCCACCAGCAUCACAAAUGCCGUUUACAUAUAGCGUUGCCGCCUCAUACAUCGGCAAGGACCGCCCGUACGACCCAGCAACACAUGUCUUUCACUUCAACCCACACCACCGAAUACAACCGAACAACAACAAGCGUUUGCGCCCCGAAAGUGGACAGGAUGCCUUCUUUGUAUCCCGUCUUGGCGAUACGGGAGGUGUCGCGCUAGGUGUGGCGGAUGGCGUCGGCGGCUGGAUGGACUCGGGCGUCGACCCGGCCGACUUCUCGCACGGCCUCUGCGGCAACAUGGCGAGCGUAGCGUAUGCGCACCGGCCGGCCGCACCGUCUGCCGGACCACAAGACCCGCAACUGCCAUCUACAUCGGCUUUAUCUCCUCCGUUGACGGCCCGCCGCCUUCUUCAGCUUGGGUAUGAUGCCGUCUGUGCGGACCGCUCCAUCCCAGCCGGCGGUUCCACGGCUGUGGUGGCCCUCCUCCAACCCGAGGGCACACUGGAGGUGGCCAACUUGGGCGACUCCGGGUUCGUGCAGUUGCGCGCCAAUGCUGUGCACGCCGCCUCGACACCCCAGAUCCACGCAUUCAACACGCCCUUCCAGCUCUCGGUCAUCCCGCCGGGCAUCAUGGCGCGCAUGGCCAUGUUUGGCGGUGCUCAGCUCAGCGACAUGCCCCGCGACGCAGAGGUAACGCGUCACGGCUUGCGUCACGGCGACGUGCUCGUCUUUGCAUCCGACGGCGUCUGGGAUAACCUUUUCAACCAGGACAUCUUGCGGGUCGUCUGCUCCAGCAUGGCGGCCGUUGGCGCCUGGGAGGCAACCGAGAGUGGGACCAAAGUGGCGGCAGACUUGACACCCUUCACGCGGCCAGACAUCGUAGCUGCGGAUCAAGGGGCCAAGGCCAAGCCGGUUGUCACGCUACAGAGUCUCAUCGCUACAGAGAUCACCGCUGCUGCCAAGGCUGCAAGCGUGAACAGGAAGCUUGACGGACCGUUUGCCAAGGAAGUCAAGAAAUAUUUCCCGCGCGAUAAUUGGAGGGGAGGCAAGGUAGAUGACAUCUGCGUUGUCGUCGCCAUUGUCUCCGAGGGAUCGGCGGCGAUAUCGGAACCCAAGCUGAAGAGCCGGCUUUAG